AUGUUGGAUGUUUCAAGACACUUUGACACUUGGAACACGUGUCAUGUCCAGAACUUUUUUCCCCUGCUGAAGAUCUGUACCAUUUUUGACAGAUAUAACAAUGAUGCUGAUGUUCCUGUUUUAUUGCAAAGUGGCAAUGAAGAGAAAGAACCUUCUAGAGCUGUUAACACUAAAAUUGGGAGCGAGGGGCAUGCCAGUGGUGACCCAUCUUACCAGGUGAUGCUCGAAAGCUAUGUUCUUCAGCUUCUUUGUGUGCAAAAGGUACUGAAGGAAGCAUCAGAACCUAAUAAUGUGAAGAAGGUAUGAUGC